UCUCCGUAUCCAGUAGGGGCGCUGUGGAGUCACGUGUGUUUACACUGAUCCUCUAUCUGCUGUCGGCAAAGAAGACAUGGCGUCACGACUCCCGAAUAGUACGAAGUCGACAAAAUAAACAACUUAUUCUGUCUUGCUGAUUAAACGAAGCAUUUCAGACUGAAAUAGUGACAGUAUGGAAAUCAUGGCUGCAAAUAUGCUAACUAGUGCCCCUACCCCUGCGCCAUCCACACUGCCCCCAUCGCCAUGUUUGGAAGACCUCGGUCCCCCGCUCGGGACGUUGGACAGCGAAGAUUAUGUGUUUGUUGAGCCUCGACAUCCCAACAAGGUGCUGGAAGGCUUGAACAGCCUGAGGCUUAACAAUGCCUUCUGCGAUGUCACGCUUUGCUGUGGGGGGCAGGAGUUUCCCUGUCAUCGUAUCGUUCUUGCCUCUUUCAGCUCCUACUUCCAGGCUAUGUUCUCCACUGACCUGAUGGAGUCACGUCAGGAACGAGUGGCCAUCAAUGGUGUGGAGCCACAAAUGAUUGGCAUGCUCGUCACCUACGCCUAUACUGCCGAGGUGGUGAUCUCCAAGGCCAGCGUUCAGGCCCUUCUGGCUGCAGCCAACCUGCUGGAUGUCAUGGCAGUGCGUGAGGCCUGUUGCAGGUUCAUGGAGCGUCAGAUGGACGAAAUCAACUGUGUAGGCAUCCACUGCUUUGCUGAGGCACACUCAUGUAAAGAGCUGGAGCGUCACAGCAUGGAGUACAUCCAGCAGCACUUUAGCACUGUGUGCAAACAAGAGGAGUUCCUCUCACUGUGUGCUGAUAAACUGACUGAGAUUAUCUCCAGUGAUCACCUGAACGUGCCACAGGAGGAGACGGUGUUUGAGGCAGCCAUGCUCUGGUUGAACAAGUGCGAUUCCCGCAGGCAGAGCUUUGAAAAGGUUCUCGAACACAUCCGACUGCCUCUGAUCAGCCCCUAUUACAUCCACGAUGUGAUCGAGUCUAUGGAUGUAGUGAAAGAGUCUCGAAAGUGCCAGGAACUGAUCUCCGAAGCCAAAGACUACCUUCUGCUUCAGGACCGUAGAGGAGAACUCUACAGCCCCCGUGCUCGACCUCGAAGGGCCAUGGGCACAGCUGAGGUAAUAGUGACGGUGGGAGGGGAAGAUGAUAAGGUCGUGCUCAGGAGUGUGGAGAGCUUUGACCCCAUGACCAGCCAGUGGAAAAGCCUGGCUUGCCUUCCCUUUGCUGUGAGCAAACACGGAUUGGUGGUGUCAGGUUCCAUGCUUUAUCUGGCUGGCGGUGAAUUCCCAGAUGGCUCGGCGAGCAGAGAGAUGUGGCGCUACGACCCCUGCUUUGACUCGUGGUUAGAGAUGGCUCCCAUGAAUGUAGCUAGAUCAGAACUAGGUCUGGUGAUGCUAGACGGAUACGUGUUUGCAGUGGGAGGCUGGGAGGGCCGCUCUCGCCUCGACUCCGUCGAGUGCUACAAUCCGCACGCUAACACAUGGCAGUUCAUGGAGUCGGUUAAAAUGGCUGUCACCAGUCCUGCUGUGGUCGCACUGGAUGGACUGCUUUACGUCACAGGUGGUGCAGUUCUUGAAGACGGAGAUGGAACCGACCUCGCUCAGGUAUACAACCCUAAAACACACGUGUGGACAGAAGUGGCUCCAAUGCAGAUCGCCCGCUCAGGGUCUGCAGCCUGCACGCUGAAGGGCAAAAUUUAUGUUAUAGGUGGAUGGCACGCCUCCACAGAAAACACAGAUAAAGUAGAAUGCUAUGACCCAAAAAGCAACAAGUGGACUAUGUGCGCACCAAUGAAGGAGCGGCGCUAUCGGCCUGGAGUGGCAGUCGUGGACGGGAAGAUCUAUGUGUUAGGAGGAGAGGAGGGCUGGGACAGGUACCAUGACACAAUUGAACGGUACUGUGACGAGACAGACAGCUGGGAGCUUGUAGGCGAGAUGCCAACGAGUCGUAGCUGGUUAAGCUGCGUCUCACUGCAUAUGAGGAAAGAAUCUCACGCUGCUGGACCUCCUGGCACUGCCGCAGAGACAGAGUUUCCUGUGGAUUGAUGCCGUAUGGGUAACGAUAUGAGUUAAGCCUCACACUCCGUGUGCCUGCCACACUCAGCAAACACAGGCUGCGUGUGUAUGAGAGAGAAAGAGAAGGCCACGAGAGAACACUACUGCUGAAGUGUUCGCAGGACUUCGUUUUAAGUUUGCACAGGAACAUGCUAACAAACUAACGGGUCCACCGAAACCCACUAGUAUGCGAUAUUGUGGAGUCCGUUCGUUGCUGCAUACGGACGGUUAUCAUGUGUAGCACAGUCUUGUGUACGUCGUCUCCCUGAACGUAUGAAAACUCAGGAGCACCUCCUGAUGGUCAUAUAGUGAUUAGAUGUGAUUUCCUACCCCCUGAACAGUCACUAUUGUGAGUUAUUUUUGUAUCGUAUUUUGGUGGAGUUUUUUGUAUUUAUAAGGCUUGUACAGUGUAGUAGACGUUGUGCAGACGCAGGAUGUCAGUGUUAAUUAGCAGACACGCUCUAGUACAAAACCAGAUGGUACCAAAUCUUUCUGUCAAAUUUUCUAUCUAUUAAGUGACAUAAAAGUACGAUAUGGAGUAUCACACGGAUACGUUUUCUACCUAGACAUUAGAUCAGCAGUCUAAAAACCACUAAAAGUAGAACAUUUGUCAUUAACAUCACUUACGAUUCUAAAUGAACAUUUUAAACACCAUGUCUGGGGCUUUGUUUACAAAGAAUCUUAAAUAAAUGUAACACCUAACUUAAUGUUUAAAGAGAAAUGCAUGUAAAAUGGGUGGGUCCUAUAUUUUCAGUUUACAUUUAAUGUACAAGGUUGUUGUAGCAUUAAAGUGACAAUCCACAA